GUGAAGAUCAUUCGGCGGGUUCGUGUCCCCUGCACAUCGCUGGUGUGACACAAGGACGGCUUUCAGCUGCCCCGACAGGGAGACCUCAAAAGUUCCACAGGGAAGCACGCUGCGGGCUAUGGACACUCCCCACCCCUCCCCCGCCCACCUGCCAGCUCAGGACUUUGCAGAGGCUGGUGGCGAAGGGAGGAAUGGAUGCCAGAGACAAGCAGGUGCUCCGCUCGCUGCGCCUGGAGCUGGGUGCCGAGGUUUUGGUGGAAGGGUUGGUUCUGCAGUACCUCUACCAGGAGGGGAUUCUGACAGAAAACCACGUUCAAGAAAUCAAGGCUCAAACCACGGGCCUCAGAAAAACGAUGCUGCUGUUGGAUAUCCUGCCUUCCAGGGGCCCCAAGGCAUUCGACACCUUCCUAGAUUCCCUGCAGGAAUUCCCCUGGGUGCGGGAGAAGCUGGAGAAGGCGAGAGAUGAAGCCGCGACUCAGCUGCCCGCUGCAGGUGACUGGACGGCGGGAAUCCCUUCACACAUCCUCAACAGCUCCCCGUCAGAUCGGCAGAUUAACCAGCUGGCCCAGAAGCUAGGCCCGGAGUGGGAGCCCAUGGUUCUGUCUCUGGGACUGUCCCAGACCGACAUCUACCGCUGCAAGGCCAACCACCCCCACAACGUGCAGUCGCAGGUGGUGGAGGCAUUUGUCCGCUGGCGCCAGCGCUACGGGAAGCAGGCCACCUUCCUAAAUUUGCACAAGGGCCUCCAGGCCGUGGAGGCAGACCCCUCACUGCUCCAGCACAUGCUGGAGUGAUCCCUGCCCCUGCCACUUGCUGGGGCAUGGGCCCCCAAGUCACACAGGCUGAAUCGGCCUUUCACUCAGCAGGUGGCUCUGCUCUGGGUAAUUUUUUUUUUUCUUUUCAGUGAGCCUUAGGCGGAAGGAGAACACCUGGAGUCUACCGGCUCAAUAAUCCAAUGGCCUUAAUUGCUUAAAGAGUUCAUUGUUGUAACCGCAGUUUUAAACUGUGUGGUUGCCUUUUAACAGAGGUCCAGAAGAAAAACAAAACAAAACCGAAAAAGCCCAUGCUACCACGUUGCACGCAGGUGUCCUAUAUACGAAGCAUCUGCUCUUACGUUGCCUGGAAACUGGACUGUGGACUUUGCUGUUCAUAAUGAUGAUGAUGAUGAUAAUAAAAACUGAAUUGUGUUAUA